AUGAAUCUACAGCAAGUUGUCCUAAGUCUCGGCGUGUUUACAACACUUCUUCGUGAUCGGUGCUACGGCGAUGAUGACACAGAACAUGUACACAUUAAACUUCACGUUCCGGAAAUUAUCAACCGGCACGUUCACGUAAAGACGAAGUACAUGCACGUGUACCAUCCGAAAAAGGUCGUCCAGGAGAUGCCUCCAACGUUCGUCGACCAGCCGCCGAUGGCGAUGGAUCACGGCAUGUGGAUGCCAUCCGGGCCCGUACCCGCCGGUAUGGUUUCCUCCCCCUCGUCAGCCCUUUCGUCGGCUUCCUCCUCAGCCAUGGCUGCAGCUGCGGCCGCUUCCCUAUCCUCGAUGGUACAGGAUAAACUGUCGACUCAGCUAGCACAGGAGCUGAUGAUGCGUUACCGCAAUCUGGAUACGCCCUCCGUUGCCGCUGGAGCCGAUUUACGCGAAACUGCUUCCGAUGCGUCAGACUAUCUGCGGGACUACUAUCACCGGCAGCGGAAGCUGUCCGAUCAGCUUAUGCUACAGGAAGCGAUGCAGUUGCCCAACUUUGCACAAACCAAAUAUCUGUCCAAUAUGGGGUACAACUGGGACAAGUCGUUUGGCGUGAAGUCGAGCGAUGGUGAGAAGUCGAGCCUGCUUCCCAAGAAGUCCAAAAAGAAGAAGGCUUACGGAAAUCUGUAA